AUGAAUACUUACCUGUCCUCAUUGUCGCAGGCGGAGCUGAUAGAGCGUUGCAGCAAGCUGGAGCAGCAGCUCGCUGCACAGACGGCAAAGAUUACUGAGCUGACCAAAAGGGCCAAUGGCAGGACACCGUCAUCUGUACCCAAGAAGCCGAUGAAAGACUUUGACGCAAGUCGUCAUUCAACACGUUUUAUAGCCUUGAAAUUCUCCUACCUCGGUCAUCGAUAUAACGGCUUCGAGCACGCAAAUCGCUGUUUUACCCCAUUACCUACCAUCGAAGAAGUCCUAUGGAAAGCCUUGCGAAAAGCCAGGUUAAUCAGUCCACCCGUUCCAGAAGGCGCAGAUGCGAGCUUCGAAGUGAUUCAUGACACGAGAGAAAGAGAGCGAAAAUACCACAUAUACGGCAGAUCGCGGCAUGGCGAUACACAAAACAAGCAACACCUGGAUGUCAAUUGGGAAGGCUGUCAAUACAGUAAGUGUGGCAGAACUGAUAGGGGCGUCAGCGCUUUUGGUCAGGUCAUUGGAAUUCGCGUUAGAAGCAAUGCACCUGUUGAGAAGCAGAAGGUCGAGGCUGAGCUCGAGAAUGACGGGCACAUGGAAGAAAACAUGGAAGACGAUGAGGUAGAUGAAGUUGAGCUUGAUGGUGAAGAACGAGCCUUUAAUCCUAUAGAGGACGAGCUACCCUACGUAUACAUGCUCAACAUGAUAUUACCACAUGAUAUCAGAAUACUAGCAUGGUGCCCUCAUCCGCCCGAAGGUUUUGAUGCCAGGUAUUCAUGCUUAGAACGUCGUUACAAGUACUUCUUCACAAAUCCAGCCUUUUGUCCUACUCCAGGCAGAAUAGGUCUGACGCAUGCUAGUGGGCAAGCUGCACCAGUAAGAGAAGGUUGGCUGGAUAUCGACCGGAUGAGAGAAGCAGCCAAGAAACUCGAAGGCACUCACGAUUAUCGCAAUCUAUGCCAAAUCGAUGCGAGCAAACAGAUGCCCAGUUGUCAGCGGCGGAUCAACUUUGCCGACGUUGAAGAGUUUGAUGGCGUACCAACAGCGAUGUCAACCCAUCCUGCAUUGAACGCGCAUGGCGAAGUCGUGCCUAAGCUGGCAUCAGCAAACCAUCUUGAUGAGGUCGCCGGUCCGAAGGUGUACGCCAUUGUUGUGCACGGAUCAGCCUUUCUCUGGCAUCAAGUACGUUGCAUCGCUGCAGUGCUGUUCCUGGUCGGCCAAGGUCUCGAAAAUCCCGACAUCGUCGACAAAUUGCUCGACAUCACCCAAAACCCUGGACGCCCUCAUUAUGCAAUGGCUGACGAUGCCCCGCUUGUGCUCUGGGACUGUGUCUUCCCAUCCGAACAAGAGGGCGAUAACGCUGGUCUAGACUGGAUAUAUGCUGGCGACCAGGCCAGUAUACCUGGAUUGACUGCGAAAGGCGAUGGUAAAUUUGGCCUGGGAGGUGUUGUAGAUGAAUUGUGGUCGCAAUGGCACGAGGCAAAGCUGAAGGAGGCCCAAAUUGGCGGACUCUUGUCUCUUGCAAUGGCCCAAGGCGAUAAUAGUUCGUUGCAACGAGGUGGCUUUCGUGACCCACAUUCUGUCAAAGGACGAAGUCAGAAAGUCUACGAAGGUGCAAGUAAAGCGCGACUUGCUGGCCAAUAUCAGCCAUUCAUGGAGAGAAGAGCAAUGGACUCGCUCGAGGUACUCAACACUAAGUACAUGGCAUCUGUCAAAGGCGUUCGACGCCUUGCGAAGAGGUCUGAAGCCGAAGGUCAAGACGCUGGUGAUUGA